AUGUUUAGCUAUAUUACUCUUCAUGCCUUGAAUGACAUUGACGAAUUCACUGAAUCAUUAUGUUGGUUUCUUUCGGCUGCAGUGGGUUGUAUGAAAAUGACAAAUUUCCUUCUAAGAAGACGUGAUAUUGUAAAAUUGAUCGAACUUCUAAAUCAAGAUUUCUUAAAAACACGCGACAGUACCGAGGAAAUAUUGCAGGAGAAAUGCGAUAUUAUAGCAAGGAUCCUCUCCUUCCGUCGUAAUAUCGAGAUUUUGAAGUCCCGAGUUCGUCGUUAUAACGAGAAUCGAGUGUACUUAAGCCAAUCGUUGUCUUCUUAUAUUGGCGCUUUCAUUUCCGUUGGAUCCGAAACAUUCAUUAUGACAAUGAUAAUACAAAUUUGCUGUCAAUUAGAUAUAAUUUAUCACCGUUUGGAAAAUUUGCCACUUUUGAGUCAAAAUAACGAAAAAUCUACAAUUCUAUUAGAUAGAAAGGAGGCGGAAAUUAUCAAGGAUUGUGUUUUACAUCAUAAUUCUGUUUACAGGUAG